CCCGAGAGGCCGGGCGGGCAGCGCGGGGCCCGGAGCCUCCCGAGGCAGCGCGCAGGCGAGGGGUGAGCCCCGGCCCUAGCAGCCCCGGGCGCCAUGGGCAUCCAGGGCAUGGAGCUGUGCGCCAUGGCUGUGGUGGUGCUGCUGUUCAUCGCCGUCCUCAAGCAGUUCGGCAUCCUGGAGCCCAUGUCCAUGGAAGACAGCAGUGACAGUGAGCUGGAGCUGUCCACGGUGCGCCACCAGCCAGAGGGGCUAGACCAGCUGCAGACACAGACCAAGUUUACCAAGAAGGAGCUGCAGUCCCUCUACCGGGGCUUCAAGAAUGAGUGUCCUACAGGCCUGGUGGAUGAAGACACCUUCAAACUCAUCUACUCGCAGUUCUUCCCUCAGGGAGAUGCCACCACCUAUGCACACUUCCUCUUCAAUGCCUUCGACGCCGAUGGGAAUGGGGCUAUCCACUUCGAGGACUUUGUGGUCGGGCUGUCCAUCCUGCUGCGAGGAACAGUCCAUGAGAAGCUCAAAUGGGCUUUCAAUCUCUACGACAUUAACAAGGACGGCUACAUCACCAAAGAGGAGAUGCUGGCCAUCAUGAAAUCCAUCUACGACAUGAUGGGCCACCACACCUACCCCAUUCUUCGGGAGGACGAGCCCCUGGAGCAUGUGGAGAGGUUCUUCCAGAAAAUGGACCGGAACCAGGAUGGGGUGGUGACCAUUGAGGAGUUCCUGGAGACCUGUCAGAAGGAUGAGAACAUCAUGAACUCCAUGCAACUGUUUGAGAACGUCAUCUAGGACGUGCAGAGGAGGCGCAGGGUGGCCAUUGCCGCUCCACCCCUGAGAAACUGAAACUUUUCUCUGAUAUAUUUGAAAAAAGUGAGCAGUUCACUCUUGAUACACACACACACACACACACACACACACACACACACACACACACACACAGAGCUCCUCAACAGCCGGCCCCAAGCCUGCAGGGCAAGGAAGCUGCCUCUGAGGUGGGCAGACCAUCUGGCAGUCAGUAGAUGUCACCAGGAAGGGGCUUAAGAGCCUGAAAGAGCAUCUCCAACACACAGGACUCUCCCCCUCCUUUCCCACCAAAUGGGGACCCCAGGGCUCCUCUGGCCUCCUCCCCUGCCAUGCUCUGCCCAAGGACCUGUGUCCCCAGAGAGGCCCUUCCUGUAGGGCCCUGGGGCAGCCAGGGCUCAGGGGGUUCAGACUAGAACAGAGGUGGUCACAGGCCCAAGCCUGCUGCCUCCUGGGAACCCAGUACCCGAGGCCGGGGAUACUGAGCUGGGCAAGCUGGACCAGUGCCUGGCCACCCACUGCCAGGCCAGUUUGGGUGGUGAGGGCCCCUGGAUGCCAUCCUCUUCCAUCCCAGGUUCUGGCUUGGUGGAAAUGCAGGAAAGGCACUGCAGCCCCCAGUGCCAGGCUGUUCUCUCCAAGAUCCACUCAGUCCUGGGAGGAAGUGACAUGGCUCAGGGACAGGAAGCCUGGGAGCCAGGGUCAAGGGUUCCUGUCCCUUUCCCACCCCCCAUCUCCCUGGAGCUCCAUGGGGCCCUCCCACAGGCUCACCCCAACCCUACAAAAGCACAGGCGCUCUGCUCUGGAGGGGAGCCAGGGCCACUCUCAAGGCCCUCCUGGGGGCCAGGGCCUGGGUGCCCUGGGGAAGGAGCCCACGGCUCCGUUUCGUGCCCCAGAGCCAUGGGUUCUUGAAGAAUAUUCCCAGCCCACUCACCAACAUUCAGAAGCACAAGCCCGGAGACCCUGCUUGGUGGCCCUGCCUGGGGGAUGGAGGCCUGAGGAGGGCAACAGCAAGGGCAGAGAACCUUUUUGAGGAACAUUCCCACACAAUACAUUCCAUCGGCCACCCACAUCUGCUCAGGCUGGUCCUGGCCCCUGGGCACUUCUGGACACCAUCCCCAGGUGAGCAGAGCCCUCAGAAGAAAGGCGAGAUGGCCAGGGUGUGAGACCCUGUGGUCCCCACACACAGGUGGGCCUCCCUGUGGAGUUGCACUGACACCCACCUCCAGUCUCCUGGGGUCCCCCUCCCCUCCUCCAGGGGUUGCACAUCAGCCUCCCCUGGCUCAGGGAUCUCCCCCUCCCAGCUGGCAUACUGUGCUUCUCAGGGGCCAAGGCACAGGAGACAGUCGCCACCAUGCCCCUGGCGCCCCUGUCUCCCACCCUCAGCCGCAAUGGGCCGCAUGUCUGCAUGGCAGAAGCGUCUCCCUUGGGCUCAGCCAGAGAAGGUGGUUCCUGUUCUCAGCACCCACCAAUAUUCAGUCCUAUAUAUUUUAAUAAAAUAAACUUGACAAAGGAGGGGGACUCUUGCCAGCUUUAUCUCAGAUGAAUUUCCCUCUUCCCCCUCCAAACCUGGCUGCUAUUAGCUGUGGCUCCUGCCCAGGACUAUGCUGGUAAAUGUUUUUUUGUUU